AAUAGUGAAAUUGAGAAAUGUGUUGGAAGGAACGACUGUCAGAUAUCUUCACUAAUAGUUCUGAUACAUUCUUACAAUUUCAUUGCCUCUAAAGGAAGCAGUGACUUUUUAAUACAUUGUAAAUUGGGCGAAACAACGAGAGAAAAAUUUAGGAGGGUAAUACUGUGGGUGCAGCGAACUGAAUCUGCAUUUCAGCAUGUUCAACAAGUGGAUCCUCAUCAAAAAAAGUUGAAGAACUGGAAGGCACGUGAAGAAAUGAAGUCAAAGCACUGUUUAUCAGUUUCAGAAGUAUUAUGCCUUACCAACUCAUGUAAUGCAAAAUUUUAUGCCUACAUUGGCGAAAUCUUUUUCCAUCUAACUGGAGAACUGAUGAAAAGAUUUAAUUUGUACAGGUUGCAACCUUUGUGGCUCUUCAACAAUUUCCAGGCCUCUGUUGGACCAAAAAACUUUCCACUCUACUGCUUGAAAAGCUCCAACCAUGUUCACAAUGUAUGCCUGAUUUACAGACCAUUCAUGUUGUAUGCAUGGGAUCAAACUGGGAAAAUUCCACUCCUUGUAAAGAACAGAGCUGCUGAGAUUUUAUUCGGGAACAUUACUGCCGAAAAUGUCCAAAGGUGCUAUAAUGAGGAAAGUAUAAGUCAUUCUACUCUGCUGAGCAGUUCUCAUCCAAAAAGUUCGAGUAUAACAACAUAUGGGAAACGAGAAAGAAUACUGUGAAAAAUGGAGGCAGACGAUCGAAGAAAGCACAAUUUAUAUCGUAUUUGGUUGAUUUUGAUUAAAGUAAUACUACAACAUGGUAAAAAUAGUCCUUUCCGAUUUGAAAUUGCUGUGAAUAGGGAAAAGGAUCUUGAGAAUGGUAGGUUUGAAUUGCUAUUAGUCACAAUGCCAUGCUAUAAACCAGUGGUACAAUAAAUCUUGCUGAAAUAUGGUAAAUUUUUAGAACUUUGGAAAAGAUCCAACUCCAACAAGGUCGCCAUUUAUAGCGAAGAGCAGUCUUCUCAAAUAUUAUUAGUUUUAUUUAUAUAAUCUGUUUCAUGGCCCA